GAGCGGCUGCGGAUUGGCUGAGAGGCAGAGUUACGGGCACACGUGUUCUGUGUCGGCCUGCCAUAGCUGUAUCUGACACCCCGCAGUCUGCACGGAGCCAUCAUGCCAACCUUCGAGCUGUUCACCAACGUGGCCCGGGAUGCCAUUCCUGAUAACCUACUGGGCAGCCUGACUGAGCAACUCGCCAAGGCGACUGGCAAGCCUGCUGAGUACAUUGCAGUGCACAUCCAGCCUGAUCAGAUGAUGAGCUUUGGGGGAACGUCAGAACCCUGUGCCCUCUGUAGUCUUAAGAGCAUCGGCAAGAUUGGAGGUCCACAGAACAGAAACUACACCAGUUUACUGAGUGAUAUUCUGACCAAGGAAUUGCAUAUACCCCCCAACAGGGUUUACAUUACCUUCGUGGACUUGAAUCCAAGUAAUGUUGGCUGGAACAAAUCUACCUUCUCUUAACCAUGCCCGGACGUUUCCUGGCCAACAGAUGGG